AUGAAUGAAGUGUUUGGAGAACUUUCUGUAAAAUUCCCUGCUUUGCAUUUCUUGAAGAUUGAAGCAGAAGAGUAUCCUGAUAUUUCCGAAAGUUUUGAAAUUUCGGCUGUACCAACCUUUAUUUUACUCAAGAAUGGAAAAAUGGUAGAGACGAUUGAAGGAGCCAAAGCAGCCGAAUUAUCCAAUGCAGUUGCCAAACAUUCAAAGGGAGUGUUGAACAAAUUUUCAACGACUAAUGCUACGGCGAAGGCAGAUAGUGGUGUUAAGCCUGUUAAAGAUCUAAAUGCUAGAUUGAAUGCGUUAAUUAACAGCGCACCUAUCAUGAUCUUCAUUAAGGGUACUCCUCAACAGCCCCGUUGUGGAUUCUCUCGUCAGUUGAUUGAAUUAUUAGCCGAACAAAAAGUCAAAUACAGCUCGUUCAAUAUUCUCGCUGAUGAGGAUGUUCGUCAAGGGUUAAAGGUAUAUUCUGAUUGGCCAACCUAUCCUCAAGUAUACAUGAACGGUGAAUUGUUAGGUGGUCUGGAUAUUUUGAAAGAAAUGAUAGCCUCUGGCGAAUUUAGAGAGAUGUUACCAAAAGAAAAGGAUUUAUCAGAAAGAAUUGAAGAACUCAUUAACAAACAAAAUGUCAUGGUGUUCAUCAAGGGUACUCCUGAACAGCCCAAGUGUGGGUUCUCGAAGCAAAUGGUCAACUUAUUAAAUGAUAGGCAUGUAAAAUACGGUUAUUUUGACAUCUUAACAGAUGACGAGAUUAGACAAGGAUUGAAGAAGCAUGUGGACUGGCCCACUUUCCCUAUGCUGUUUUUCAAGGGUGAAUUGUUAGGCGGCUUAGACAUUGUGAAGGAAAUGAUUGAAAGUGGUGAAUUUGAUCAAGUCUUGACUGCUUAA